CCAAUCCAAACAGAAUAUGUCUAAUUAGGGACUUGGGGGAAAAACAGAAUUCCUUCGUUUAAAUAUCCUUUUAUUUAUUUAAUACCACAUUUGCACCAAUGUGAGACCCGUCUCCAAUUUUUUCGCAGUCAUAAUCUCGUGCACCGCAUUGUGGGAACAGACAUUUAUGGCCUUUUUUGAAAUCCAAUCUUCCGUUCAUAUCAUUGAACCUGGCCCUUUCUCCCUUUGUCUUCCCUUUCCUCCUCCAUAUCUACAACUAGGCAAUGUAGUCAAAAGCGCGUUUCAACGUAAAAACAUUUUGUGAUAUAGAAGCGUAAAAUUGUAAGCUUUUAAGUCUUAAAGCGUAGUUUUUAACUACAUUAGUUAUAAAAAUUGAGAUUAUGUAUAUAAGUAUUUUGGUGACUUGGAAACGUAAAAUCGUAAGUUUUUAAGUUUUAAAGCACGAUUUUAACUACAUUGGCUGUAGGAUUUGAAUCAAGUACCUCAUGUUCAUGGAUUUCAAUAAUACAUCAGUAGGAAGUAGGUUACAAGCAACUUUAUUGUAUAUACUAAUCUUAUAUAUUAUAAAACUAAUACUAUAUUUUACACAAAUAUAGUAUACAACGUGUUUUUUGACAUGUUUUAAUUACAAAAUAUAUAUGUAUAAAGAAUGCAUGAUGUAAUCAUAAUACAUAGAAAAUGAUGUAUACUUUAAUCUUACAUUUUUUAUGAGACUUAAUAUCCACAAUUCAUUUCAUGUAUAAUCCGUACAUUCUUUUUAUAUUUUCUAAACAAAACAUUCUUAAAACUCACACAUUCUUAGCAUACACAUAAUCUUUACUCUUUUAGUACACAUUCUUGUAAUACACCAUUUCCGAAAUCAAAGUUUCCAAGCGACCCCUCCUAUUUAUAUUUUCGAAAAACAUUUUGUACCACUCACGUCACGUCUCGCCGCCACCGCUUGUUCACUCUCUCGCUCCAUCGAACCUUCCACUCUCUAUCCGUUUUCCUUCCUUCCAUCACCGCUGACGUCACCGCUUAGUAGUCAAAGUCAAACGCAACCCAAAACCAAACCAGACGAGUCAAAGCAAUGAAAAACUCAACGCUUGGGUUACCAGUCAGUCAAACCUCUCCACCUCCUUCUGCGCUUAUAAAUACCAACUCCCACAUUUCCAACGACAACAACUCAACUUCCCAACAAGAAAAAAAAAAAAACUUCCAUCGACUUCCCCUUCCUUCGCCAACUUCCCAAUUCAAAUCUUCAUCUAGGAAUAAUUUCCAUCCAUGGCCGUGAAGAGAAGCAGAGAAGUGGAGACGUUAGACAUGGCGAAAUGUCUAAUCUACCUCUCCCACGGUCUUAACACCGUUAAUUCCACUUCCAAUCCUUCCCCCGUCGCCGGAUUCGAAUGCAAGACCUGCAACCGGAAGUUCCCGUCCUUCCAAGCUCUGGGAGGCCACCGGGCCAGCCACAAGAGGCCCAAGAAUUUACUGGGCUUGGGCCACAACAAGCUGGAAUCGACGAAGCCCAAGGUGCACGAGUGCUCUAUUUGCGGGGUCGAAUUUGCGAUGGGCCAGGCUUUGGGCGGUCACAUGCGGAGGCACCGAGCAGCCGCAGCCGCCGCCGCCUUCGGUCCCGUUGCCGCCGUGGCUCCUAAGUCGGAGAGUGGAAACUUGAGCAAGGUGCUACCGCUGCUUAGGAGGUCGGGUAGUUGCAAACGCGUCUUCUUUGGGCUGGAUUUGAACUUGUCGCCGUUGGAGAACGACUUGCAGUAUUUGUUUGGGAGGAUGGCUCCCAAAGUUUCCAUUAUUUGAUCUUCUCUUCCGAUUCUUUUUUCACAUUUCUUUCUUGUAGCCUGUACAUGUACAAAUGAUUGAUUCAUUGAUGUAUACUCUAAGCCCAUUUCUUGUUCUUGUAUAAGUUACACAUACACUUUUCAGCGGGAUUUAUAUUCAGGGUUAGAUUUUGAGUUUUGGUCCGGCCGAAAAUUGCCACAAGGUUGUCAAAUGGGUAUGAGGAAGAAGAUCGACUCACACAAAUAAUACAACACAAUCAAUAAAUAGCGAAAAAUAUAACAAAAUCGAGAGGAGAAGUCACAUGUGUGGACCCAAAAAUCAUAUGAAUUAAAUCAAGUGACGAAAUAAAAUAUUGUACUCGAAAUGAAUGGUUUUUUUAGAGAGAUCUUCCCUUAAAAAAUGAGCACGUUCAUCAUUAUGUCUGAAAACAAUAUCAAUAGACAACAGCUUAUUUUUAAUUAUAGCCAAGAACCUUAUAACAUGUGGAUGACCUAUGAAGAAUUUGAUAACACGGAAUUGAAAUAACACAAAACACGAGAGUUUUACGUGGUAUCCCUCUUCGACGUGAAUAUGACUAAUUCACUGCGAACUCACACGACUGGCUAUUUUAUUAUGUGAACGUCUAUUUGCCGCCAACUAAAUUUUUUUUUGAAUUCAAUUCCUUUCAUUCUAUAAAUUCGGAUAUCAUUAACAUUUGACUCAUUCCAACAAAAACUUCUGUCGUCGAGCCCAGUGCCUUCGUCGCCGACCAACCUCCCGUCGCCCUCAAUCGUCGGAAAACAAGUAAGUUUAAUUUUCCGACAAGUUUUCCAGUUUCCGGCGAGAAACACGGCGAGUCGAAAAAAAAUUACGAUCGGAACGCCGCCGAGCCGAAAGAUUUUUUCGGUCAGGCGUAGAGUAUACCGUUACCGCCGAGUCACCGAAGCAAAGUUCUAUUACUUACGUGUGAAUUUGUUAAUUUUUUUUUUGUCAAAAUGUAACUCAUUAGUAAGCUUUAAUAAGUUAUUUUGUUUGUUUAAACAAACACGAUAUAUGUCACUAUGCAAACAUGAGUAUACCGUUGCUGCGUAGCGUACACAUAUACAAUGAAAAUUAAAAGUAAAAAGAAAUUAUAUGAUAAAAGUAGAAAAAGGAAAAUGUCAAAAAGAAAGAUAGUUGCAUAAAUAAAUAUAUAUCACUAACUUAAGUUAUUGUAUGUUAAAGCUGUCCACUUUGGCAACUUACAAAAUCUUUUAAGUGCUAAUGUGACAAUAUGUUAAUUUUAAAUUGUCAUAAUAUUUUGGUAAGAUAAAGAUUAGUCAAUAUU